UUGUGCAUAUAAUACAUAUAUAGUUUGUCAUGGAUACACUCAUAGUAACUUCCGUAGCUUUCAUAAGUUUCAUUCUACUGUUUAGCUAUUUUAGUAGCAACAACAAAAGAGCUGGAAAGAUCAGAGUUCCUGAAGCUUCGGGCUCAUGGCCUAUCAUCGGUCACUUGCAUCUUUUAGCUGGUUCUAAAGUUCCUCCACACAAAUUGUUUGGCUCAAUGGCUGACAAAUUUGGGCCCAUUUUCACUAUCAAACUUGGUGUGCAUCGAACUCUAAUUGUCAGUAAUUCCGAGGUGGCUAAAGAAUGUUUAACAACCAAUGACAGAGUAUUUUCUAGCCGCCCAAAAGCCAUGGCAAGCGAGGUCAUGGGCCAUAAUUAUGCAAAUUUCGCCCUUGCACCAAGCGGACAAUAUUGGCGUGACAUUCGCAAGUUAAUUGUUCUUGAAUUGGGGUCUCAACGUCGUCUUAAGAUGCUUGAAAGUAUUCGGGCCUCUGAAGUGAAGUCAUCCAUAAAAGAUAUGUAUACACAAUGGGAUAAAAAUAAAGGGUCAUCAAAAUACGCAAUGAUUGAAAUGAAAGAAUGGUUUGGAGAUUUGACAGUGAACAUACUUAUAAGGAUGAUGUUUGGGAAUGGUUAUUCGCGUGGAGAACAGAUUAAUGAAGAUCAGUUGAGGAAAUCGAUAAGGCGGUUAAUGGAACUAAUGGCAGCUAAUGUGGUAUCUGAUUGGUUACCAGGUUUUAGAUGGUUAGAUAUUGGAGGUUAUGAGAAGAAAAUGAAGAAGACGGCUAAAGAGAUGGACGAUGUGUUCCAAGCGUGGUUAGAAGGGCACAAAGAGAAGAUUAUGGAUUCUAUGCAACAAAAGCAAGGAGAUGAUCCCGACGACCAAGUUUUUAUGGCGGCAUUUCUAUCGCGUGUUAAAGAGCUAAAACAGGAUCUUUAUGGAUUUAGCCAUGAAACGAUUGUGAAAGCUUCAUGCCAGGAUAUUUUGUUAGGGGCAACAGACACGACAGCGAUAAUACUAACGUGGGCUUUAUCAUUGUUAGCCAACAACCCUGUUGUGUUCAAGAAAGCCCAAGAAGAGCUCGAUACCCAUGUGGGAAAGAAUAGAAAUGUGGAAGAGUCGGACUUGAAGAACUUGGUCUAUCUUCAAGCCAUCAUCAAAGAAACGAUGCGGCUUUAUCCAUCAGUUCCUCUUUUGCUUCCUCACGAGUCCACAGAAGAUUGCGUCAUUAGUGGUUACGCAAUCCCUAGAGGGACGCGUCUUUUGGUUAACGCUUGGAAGAUACAACAUGAUCCAAACGUAUGGAGCGAUCCUUUUGAAUUCCAACCCGAGAGAUUCUUGACAAGCAAAAAGGAUGUCGAUGUGAAGGGCCAACACUACGAAUUAAUUCCUUUUGGCAGUGGACGAAGAAUUUGCGUAGGAAUUUCGUUUGCUCUUCAAGCCAUGCCGUUGAUACUAGCGAGCAUAUUACAUGGAUUUGAGUUUCAAAAGCCAUCAAAUGAGGAGAUUGAUAUGACCGAAAGCAUUGCGUUAACAAAUCUCAAAGACACUCCACUUGAACUCCUUGUUGCCCCUCGAUUAUCACCAGAAUUAUACCAUAUAUAGUUAGCAUAUACUAUAUAAAAAAAAAAAGGAGUUUAUGUAUGAGUAAUAAUGUUGUUAUCCCCUGUUCUAUACCGCUCUCUGUUUUAAUACAACAAAUAUGAUAAUAAAACUCAUGUGUCCAUAUUCAUUCACGAGUAUAUAAGAAGUUAAGUCCAAGCACCUUUCUUAAA